AUGGUCGUCGCUAGCCAACAGUAUUUUUCUACCAGAUCCUCUGACAAAGCCAUCUCUUUUGAGGAGGCUAUCAUGACUGGUCUUGCUCCCGAUGGAGGUCUCUACAUUCCCACCGCCAUCCCCACUCUUCCUGAGGACUUCCUCACCAAGUGGGCCAACCUGAGCUUCCAGGAGCUUGCUUUCGAGAUCCUCUCACUCUACAUUUCCCGCCAGGAGAUCCCUGCUGAUAAUCUCAAGGAGAUCAUUGAAAAGUCUUACAGCACCUUCCGUUCUAAGGAUAUCACUCCUACCACCACUCUUAACAAGGACAUCAACCUCCACCUGCUCGAGCUAUUCCACGGCCCUACCUACGCUUUCAAGGAUGUUGCUCUGCAAUUUGUCGGUAACCUUUUCGACUUUUUCCUCACCAGAAGAAAUGAAGGUAAGGCUCCUACCGACCCUUCUAGAGAAACCAUCACCGUUGUCGGUGCCACUUCUGGUGACACCGGUUCGGCUGCCAUUUACGGUCUUCGCAAUAAGAAAAAUGUCUCCGUUUUUAUUCUCUUCCCCACCGGUAGAGUUUCCCCUAUCCAGGAGGCCCAGAUGACUUCUGUUCUCGACCCCAAUAUUCAUACCAUUUCUGUUAAAGGUACCUUUGACGACUGCCAGGACCUUGUUAAGCAAGUCUUUGGCGACAAGGCCUUCAACGACAAGUACCACGUUGGUGCUGUCAACUCCAUUAACUGGGCCCGCAUUCUUGCUCAGAUCACCUACUAUUUCCACUCUUUCUUCACUCUGGCCCGAAAAAUUGAGGGCGGUGCUCAGGCUCUCGCUGAUAAGAUCAACUACAUUGUCCCCACUGGCAACUUUGGUGACAUUCUCGCUGGCUUUUACGCUAAGCAAAUGGGCCUUCCCAUCAACAAGCUCACUGUCGCCACUAAUAGCAACGACAUUCUCCACAGAUUCCUUCAGUCUGGUGUUUAUUCUAAGAGUGCUUCUGCUGAGGCUGGCCCUGUUGUCCACGCCACUCUUUCUCCUGCCAUGGACAUUCUUGUUUCCUCCAACUUUGAGCGCUACCUUUGGUACGCUGCUCGCACUACCACUGAUUCCAACGAAGAGGCUGGCCAGCUUGUCAAUCAGUGGAUGACUGAUCUUAAGGCCACUGGCAAGUUCAGCGUUUCUGAGAAGGUUCUUGCCACCGCCCGUCUCCAGUUCUCCAGUGAGCGUGCUUCCGAUGAGGAAACCACUGCCACCAUCAAGAAGGUUUACACAGAAAUCUCUCCCAAGUACAUUUUGGACCCCCACACCUCAGUUGCUGUUUUCGGAGCCCUUAACGUCAUUGAGAAGACCGAUGCUGCUGAUCACCACCACGUUGCUCUGUCUACUGCUCACCCUGCUAAGUUUGCUGAUGCUGUUGACUUGGCUCUUGAGGGUCAGGAGGGAUACAAUUUUGAGAAUGAUGUUCUUCCUCAAGAGUUUAAGGAGCUUCCUGGCAGAGAGAAGAAGAAUCUCUUUGCUGACAAGCCUGAUCUUGAGUUAAUAAAGUCCAUCAUUGUUGAUGAGCUCAAGAAGGAAAAUUAG